AUCAAAUGAACUGUCUUGAUUCCAGUGCUAGGAGAACGGAGUUGACUUUUGUGUGUGUUUUCUAAUGGUUUAGGAAACAAACAUAUUUUCUUACAAUUAUUUCACAGCUAUAUUUAUCUUCAAGACAUGAUCUUCAACGCAAUCUGCAGAUCUCGUGCCGCUUUUGGUACUUUUGUAGGCCAAUUGCAGAGAUCUACACUCAGUUCAGCAAGCUGGAGGAAUUUGUGUAGUAAACCACAUGACGCGUCAGUGCCAACACAAGCAGGGUUCAAAACGCCCGGCUACAGUCCGUCCGAGAUGGACAAGAAGAUUCUUGUGUGGUCCGGACGCUUCAAAUCCAAGGAGCAGAUCCCAGAGCUCGUGUCAUUUGAGAUGAUUGAUGCAGCCAGGAACCGACUGCGUGUUAAGGCCUGCUAUGUCAUGAUAGUUCUGACGAUUGGAGGCUGCAUCUGGAUGGUCGUCCUGGGAAAACAGGCUGUAAAUCGCCAUGACAACCUGACCAGCAGAAACAUGGAGAAAAAGGCUCGGUUGAGAGAAGAGGCACAGAAGGAACUAGAUGUGGCAGCGUCUCUGAUUGAGAAAAAACCACAGUGAGGAGCUUCCACCCCAAAACACGAACACUAAAAUCUGUCACGUGUUCAUGGUUCAAAAAGCAUCACAUAUCCUGAAAUAACUACAUGGUAGCACAGUCAUGUUCCUGCAUUGUUGGAAAGUGUUGAUCAUCUGCUCGAUUAUUGUUAAUAUAUAUUUGUUUCACAGAUAGAGAAUUGAGUAAAAAAGAAAAAAAAAAAAAAA